UUCACCCGUUUGAUUGCCUAUCUUCGCGGGCUUAUUGCCGAAGGCUCUGCGCUUUCUCCUCUCAAUAGAUACCUCCUGGUCAGGGAUAUAACAUUCUUUGUUAUUGACUUUUACACUGGUGAUAGAGCAUCCGAUUUGGGCCGUUUGAAGGCAGAUCAGCUUUUUUUUCGCCUUAAGGAUAGGGAGGGGUUCCUUCUCAACUUUACGUUUAGUAAAACAAGGCGUGCAGGUCAGUUUCGCCCUUUUGCUCUGUUACGUAUUCCAAAUGUACCUGUCUGCCCGGUUUUUGGUUGAACUAUUAUAUUGCCGCGUGUGGGGCAUUAGGUGUCCCUCUUCAUGGUGAGUACCUCUUUAGGUCUUCGGAGCAUAAAAAGUUUGUGUCACAUCGUCCGUUCGGAGGGUCAGCCGUAUCUGCACGGCUCCAAAAGUAUCUUAAGGCUGCCAACAUUAAUGACGGAGAGACCCCUCACAGCUAUCGUGUAGGAAUUUCAUACACCCUCAAGGGUUUGGGAUGUACUCCGGAGCAGAUUGCU